AUGACUUCCGAGACGCUGCACGAGAUCGGGGCGGGCUUCGAGUGGAAGCCUGCGUAUGCGGAGCAGCUCGCACACAUUGCGGAUACGGACGAGUUCAUCCACGAUGACGAGUUGCACCCGGCUUCUUACGACUGGCCGACGCUGAAAGAGGCGAUCAAGUUCCGCAUCCGCGAGCACCUUCUGGAGACGUUUGCAUCCGAGCGACCGCUCAAUCUCCACCCUGCUGCGGCUCUUCUCAAGUCGGGCUCUGACGCGACAUCGCAGACGGCUGUCGGCGUUGCUGCGGCAGUGAGCUCGGCAGAUGAGCUAACGGACGAGGCAGUCGAGGAUUCGCAAGGCGCCAAGGACGAAGCGCAAGAGCGGGCGUCUAGUGAAGAAGAGGCGGAAGCGCGCGUAGGUCCAGCGGAUAUGCAGAACUUCUACCCAUCUUCACGCGCACCCGCCUCCACCGUAUCGCCGCUGAGCGCCGACGAAGUGACCAAGCAGUUGCGGCUGCUGUACGGCAUGCUGGACGACUUUGACACGCAGCCGCCGUUUACGAUCCAGCGGCUGUGCGAGCUCGUCGUCUCGCCGACAGGGCACUACAACAGUGGCGCCAAGUGGGUCGCGGCGCUCAAGCGGUGUCUUGCCGUGACGGCCACGCGCGAUGCAUUCCCUAUCAGCCCGAUUCAGAACGCCACGAGCGUGCCCAACGGACACGUGGACGAGGCCAAGUCGGACGUAUCCGAGCUCGAGAUGGACCGGAUGGACGGUCUGGCGCCCAGCACGGGCACACGGUCGAGGUCAGCUAGCGUGGCCAGCGUUGCGGAUCCACUGUUUUCGCCGAUUCCGUUCAUCACCGAGGCGGCCGAGGCAGACGAGGCGGUCCCGGAGCUCGAGCUGGGUGGUGCGGAUCGAACGCAUGCGGAUGCCGUGCCGAGCGAAGUCGUCGAUACCGCCCCACCCACCGCGGCUGCUCCGGUUGAAGAAGCUAACGUGGUGAUGCCCGAUACAACGGAAGAAGCAGGCAGUACAGCACAGGCGGUAGAUGCACUCACACAAGCCGACGUCGAGCCAGCACAGGCGACAGCACCACUAAGCGUCCCACCCGGCGAAGUGGACGAAGUCGACAACGCAGCUGCCACCAUCCACCCUCUCUCAGCAACCACUGCCGCUCCGCCAGCAGAACAGUCGACAGGCCAAGACGACGAGGAAGAGGCGCGCUCCACCAAACGCCGCAAGAGCGUCGCUUCGGAAUCCGAUCCACGCGACUGA